UUGAGUUAGGCAAGCAAUACUCUAUCAGUCUUUCCUCUCCCGAGCUCCGGCCGCUGUUGACCGACCGAGAGAAAUGAGACUCUUGACACACAACAUGCUCUCUUGCAACAUCAAAGGAGUGACGAACGGUUUCCCUCUACGCCUCGAGGUCGAGAAAUUUGUGGAGAAAGAAGUCGAUUUCAGUGCAGAGUUUCUUAGAAACAUAUUCCCCAAGAUCGAAUGGAAGGCUCUCGUCGAUGCCUCUCGAUCCAUGGGCUACUCUCAACUUCCCGAUGAGGCCGAUUCAUCGAUGCUCGACUCCGACGACUUCCUGAAGAAGUUCCACCACGCCCUACUCGAGCUUCACCUUGAAGAAGGUGUUCUAAUCUGCCCGGAGACCGGUCGGCGCUUCCCGGUCAACAAGGGAAUCCCCAACAUGCUCCUUCACGAAGACGAGGUCUGAGAGAUCCAUUGCUUUUGCUUGACCGUGUCGCAACUUAUUUUUCCUCUUACCGCUCCAGCGACGAAAACUAGGGUUUUUGUGGGGUUUAGAUUUUGUCAUGUAAGUUGAGAAAUUUCUUUUCUUUCUUUGGUAAUAUAGAACUACCAUCGUCUUUCUGUUUUGGAUCAAUCAAUGAAAA